UAUACCAAAGUAACGACAGUACAGUAAGCUUUAUCGAUUUACGCUUUACUGGGAAAGAACUGCCUAAGCUUCACGUCACGACAUAACCUCCGUGUUAUCCUCUGCGCGCCUUCAUCUUCCCCCAAGCUUCAACUACCUCACUGUCGUCCUCUCUGAACAAUAACCACGCGUCAUUUACCUGUGAAAAGCCACACAAGUCACUGGCUACGCCGCCUCUCUCACCAUGGGCUUCUCAGAGCGCUUCCUCCGCACCGAACAGAACGUUCAAUUGAGUUACGAGCUCUCCCACCGCAUCUACACAGCCGCGCCCUACCCCACCCCCGCACCUAAUGGCUCCUCAAUCGUCAUCUGCGGCCACGACCAGGGCGUGCGCAUCCUCUGGCGGGGUGGCCGCACCUUCAAGCCCGCCGCGGCACCAAAGGCCAACGGAAACGGGGCCUCAAACAAUGCAGUCAUGAUUAUUGACUCGGACGAUGAGGCGCCUGCCGAUGCCGAGGAGGAGGCAGAGUUCGAGGACGAAGAAGCCGAGACAGACCCGUCGCGCCCGUUUCCUCCGGUGCUACAGUAUAUUGAUCUCGUGUUUGGCACCAGUGCGACGCACCUGGCGGUCUGUGCGGCCGUGCAAGAUAGGAUUGUCUUUGCUGCCACCUGUGGGGAUAGCUCGGUUCGGCUUGUGUCGCUCCCGAUAACGCCGCCGUCGCCCGAGAGGAAGGCAAAGAACAAAUCGAGGAAAUGGGGCGAGACUGUCGUUGCUCUAUCCGGAUUCUCGACCCCUGCUGAUGGGGUUGCUAUGACAUUCGUUAGAGAACAGGACGAAAAGGCCAAGUCGAGCGGUUAUCUGCUUGUAGCCUCUCAUUCGAGGGAAGUGACGGGCUUGCUGUUACUCCACAAAGUGCCAGUCUUGUCUGCGCAAAAAGGAGGGAAGACGACGGAGAAGCUGUCACUAGACCACACCGCACCGUUCCAGACGCAGUACCUGUCAACUCCAGCCUCAAGCCUCGACUUCAGCCACUCCUCAAACAGCCUACUUCUCGCAGACAAGACAGGAGCAAUCAGAAUCUACUCCCCCUCCGUCUCCGACGGAUCCUGGCUCCUAACCCUCCACACCGACUUCAUCAAGUCCGACACCGCAAAAUUCUCCUCCCGCAAAGCCAUCCUCGACACCAAAUGGGUCCUAGGCGGCAAAGCCGUCAUGGUCCUCCUCUCCGACGGCGAAUGGGGCGUAUGGGACCUCGAAGGCUCCGCCCCCGGCGCAUCCAGAGGAAUCCUCGGCAGCCAGGGCAUUAAGGGUGGCGCCCUAACCCCCUUCUCCAUCUCCGGCUACAUCGACGGACCCUCCAUCAAAUCAACAUCCCGCCCCACAGCCUCAACUUCCAAAUUCGCCCCCAUGACCCCCGCUACCCGCCGCACCGUCGAGCCAGCCCUUCUAGGCGCACACAACCAAUCCGCCACCGCGGGACUCAUCUCCGCUCUACCUCUCCCGAAAACAACUACCACCAGCCCGGCAGAUGAGCGUAUCGCGUUCUGGAUCGAGGAAGCGUACGCUGUCAUCCCCUCCCUCCGCUCUUUCUGGGAAGCCCAGCAUCGCCGUGGCGCGAACCUCUUCAGUGGCGCUUCGGGAACCAAGAUGCUCCGCAUUGAUGGCGUCAACCUCCGCGGCGAACGCUGCACCGGCCUCACGCAGAGCAUAGUCGAUGGCGCCACACCCGAGCUCAUCAUCGCAGCCGAGCACCGCCUCGUCAUCGUAGCAGAUCUCCCCGAGUCCGGCGGUGCACAAAGGCCCAGAGUACCAGCGCUAGAGAGCGGUGCAGGGCAGUUACAGAUCGCAGCCGCGGGAAGGGAUCUGGAUAUCACGGGCAUUGAUCAGAUGCUGGAUCGUAUGGAUGAAGAUGCUGGAUCGCCGCUGUAUGCGAAGAGGAAGUCGAUUCAGACUUGAUACCUCCCCAUCCGAUUUGCGCAAGAAAAGUUAACGGUCGAGAUUUGUUUUAGAUACCCAAUACAGCGAUUUCCUGG